CGGAGGGGGACGAGCAUAGAAAAUUCAUCAUCGAGGAGCAAGAAGAUGAACAUCUUCAAGUGCAUCAACUACAAGCCGGACCCGCAACAAAUCGAAAAGUAGAGGCAACUUUUCAUCAAGAAAUAUUCGAUCCAAAUCAUGCUAAAGGUGAAGAACUAUUGGAAAAAGGAAACCUCUCUCCUCAAGAAGUGCUCGACGCCUAUCUCUUGAAGUGGAGAGCUCAAGCAAACGAACCUCCUCGAACAGCCGAGCACCACGACGACGAAAAGAAAAAUUUUUUGAGAAAGGCAAAAAGAGAACAAGGUAGCACGACUGGACAAGCUUCAAGUUCUCCACUGCCGCGUCAGAAAACAGAAAAUACCCCACUGAAAAAAGCUGUUGAGUACCAAGAAGCGGCGCAAAAAGUGAUCACAGAGUUGCAGGAGAAAGUUCGGAAAAAUUGGAAAGUCGUAC